AUGGUUUUUAUACUCUAUUUCUUCGCUUGCUUGGGCCUCGCGGCAGCUGCCUCUGAGCCCGAGCCUGGGAAUUACCAGCAUCAAUCAUUUCUGAAGAACGACGACCCAUUCCAACAAAAUUUCGUUGCCACCACAGUAUUUGGCCGGAGGCUCAUCGACGCGGAACUUGCUGAACCACUGGCAUUACUUCCUCCCAGAUUCUCAAGCAGGAAGUUUGAUGACGAUUAUCCUUAUGAAGGCAUUGGAACCUUUGCUCAUCUCGAGUAUGUGGAGUGCACAGAAUCGAAAUUUGAUAUUGGAAUAGUGGGCCAUCCCUUCGAUUUGGGCGUAUCCUAUCGGCCUGGGGCAAGAUUCGGGCCCAAUGGUGGUCGUAAUGGAGCACGACGAUUAAGUCCAGCUGCUGGUUGGGAUAUGGAUCAUAAUGGUGUAAAUCCAUUUCGGAGCUGGGCUAAAGUGGUGGAUUGCGGCGAUAUAUACAAUACACCUUUUGACAAACUCGUUGCAAUCCACGAAUUGGAGCGAGGUAUGAAGGCCCUCGGCAAGCAAACGCCCCAAAAUACAUCAGCGGCAGAUGCAGUCCGGCUUAUCGCUAUUGGAGGCGAUCAUACCAUUACCCUCCCGAUUCUUCGAGCUUUGCACUCUACGUGGGGCCGAGUUGCUGUUCUCCAUUUCGACAGUCAUCUGGACACGUGGGAUCCGAAGCAACUGGGUGGAGGUUUAACCAGACACGCGGAAGUUAAUCACGGGACGAUGUUGCACAUUGCCCACGAAGAGGGUCUUCUAUCGAACCAUAGUAACAUGCAUCUUGGUUCUCGCUCCAGUCUUUUUGAUGAGCAUUAUGAUCUCAACAACGAUCUGCGGUGCGGCUUCAGCUACAUACGUGCGAGAGCUCUGGACCAGAUGGGUGUUGAUAAAGUGGUCCAGAAAAUUAUCGAGACGGUGGGCACGGAAUAUGUUUACUUGAGUGUAGAUAUCGAUGUUCUGGACCCUGCGUUUGCCCCGGCCACUGGCACCAUUGAACCUGGGGGUUGGACCACAAGAGAGCUUCUCGCGAUCAUCAAAGGGCUCUCUGACGCCAAGCUACCGAUUAUCGGUUCCGACGUGGUUGAGUUUACGCCGAUUUACGACAAUGCCGCCGAGACGACGGGCAUUGCCGUGAGCCAGAUCAUCCUUGAGAUCCUCCAUUGGAUGGUCCAUGUGCCAGUGAAAAAACCGCAGGCAUGA